GAAAGCGGUAAUGAUAUUCUACAAAUUUUAGAAGAAUUUGUUCAAUAUACUGAAUAUAAAGCUGUCGGAUUUCAUUCCUUUCUUAAUCUUAAGGAAAGAUUGAAAACGACUGAUUAUGUAACAGAAUCAUUGCAAAAAAAAAUGUUGUAUGAAAAACCUUUGUGCUUUAUUUUAAAAUUAAGCAAUGGUAUGUUGCAAGUUACAAGUUAUGGUGACUUUAAAAAAGGGAAUAAUGUAGAUAAUUAUUAA